CUGUUUUUUGACAGAUCCACGCAUUAUAUAGCUUGUGUAGUCACUCUGUGGCACACCUUUCCAGUCUUAUCAGCGAGGGCGUGGCCCAAACGAGCGCACUCCGACAGGAAUCACCUGAAGUCACUGCGCCACUACAGGAGGAGGAAAAUGGGUAAAGCAGGUGGACGUGGGGACUUUGAAUGGGUUUACGACGAGCAGCCGCACACAUGGAGAAGAAAGGAGAUUUUAGCAAAGUAUCCACAGAUCAAGUCUUUGAUGGGUCCCGACCCGCAGCUGAAGUGGGUUGUGUCUGGAAUGGUACUCACUCAAUUAGUGGCAUGUUACUUUGUCCAUGAGUUGUCUUGGAAGUGGGUGUUUUUCUGGGCAUAUGCCUUUGGUGGGUGUAUAAACCACUCUUUGACCCUGGCAAUCCAUGACAUUUCGCACAACAUCGCAUUCGGGAACAAGCAGGUGCGCUGGAACCGGUGGUUCGCCAUGUUCGCCAAUCUGCCCAUCGGCCUACCUUACUCGGCCUCCUUCAAGAAAUACCACAUCGACCACCACCGCUACCUUGGAGGGGAUGGCCUGGAUGUGGACAUCCCUACAGACAUAGAAGGCUGGUUCUUUUGCACACCUGCAAGGAAGAUGCUCUGGCUCUUCCUCCAGCCCUUCUUCUAUGCACUGCGACCUUUGGUGGUGAACCCAAAACCCGUGACCAGACUGGAGAUGAUGAAUGCAGCCGUGCAGUUCGUAGCAGACAUUCUUAUCUACUAUAUCUGGGGACUCAAACCGAUUGUGUACCUUAUCUCUGGAUCCAUACUGUGCAUGGGCCUACAUCCCAUCUCUGGACACUUCAUUGCUGAGCAUUACAUGUUCCUGAAGGGCCAUGAGACCUACUCAUACUAUGGUUCUCUGAACUUUAUCACUUUCAAUGUGGGAUACCAUAUGGAACAUCAUGAUUUCCCCAGCAUCCCUGGUAGUAAGUUACCUGAGGUGAAGAAAAUAGCAGCAGAGUAUUAUGAUUCACUACCGCAACACACCUCCUGGAUACGGGUGCUCUGGGACUUUGUGUUUGACGACAGCAUUGGCCCAUACGCAAGAAUUAAAAGAGAAUACAAACUGGCCAAACAGGAAUAAGUUGUACUGUCGGUGCAUUAUUCUCACAGAGCCGCUAUUUAAACGGAAAAGAAGAAAAGCUGGGCAGGCCUGCUGAACCGGUAGAAACACGUGUUUCAGACUUUUUUCUUUUCACUUACAACUACAGCAGGUGAAACUGUACUAUUUUCAGGGGUUUAGAGUACACACAACCUGGACAGUCAAUUCCAUUCAACUAAUGUUGGUUACAGGCAAUGAAUGGUGAGAUUAAAUAUGUUUUUUUUUGUGCUAACCAGCCAAUAAAAUGUCGUCUUAUUUAUGAGAAAGCUUAUUGUUCUUUAGAUUUGCAGGAUAUUUAAUAAGAGACUGUCAUUCUAAAGCUACUGUAUCCUGUGAUUAAUCACAAAUUUGAAUAAUAAUCUAAGUCAUGAGUUGUAAGUGACGGUGUGAAUUAAAACAAACAUUCCUUAGGUAGAAAGAUGUAGAUGUAUAAAGUUUUGUGUUUUUAACAUAUAUGGGAUUCUGAGUUUUCAAAAAUGCUGUCCGUAAAGGCCUGUAUUUUUCAAAGCUGGUUUAGGUUAAAAUCUUAUUGCAGAGUAUUAAAGUAUUUCAAAUUCUGUAUUGCACGUAUAAAUACAUUUCCUCUCAUUUCAUUUGAUCCGUAUAAACACAUUAGGAAUGUGAGUGUAAUAUUUACACAACCCAAAGAAGGCUUUAUUUACAGUUAAAUGAGUGUAAUCUGUAACAAGCAGUUCUAAUAAAUGCUGUGCUCAUACUAUAAUACAGGGACUGGAAUCAGCCAUAACAUUUAAAACCUCCUGCUUAAUACUGUAUAGCUCCCCCUUGUGCCACCAAAUCAGCUCUGAGCUGGUGAGGCAUGAACUCCACAAGACCUCUGAAGGUGUGCUGUGGAACCAAGACAUUCUCAGCAGAUCGUUUUAAUCUUUGUAAGUUGUGAGGUGUGGCCUCCAUGGAUCAGACCUGUUUAUCCAGCACAUCCCACAGAUACAUCAUCGGAUUGAGAUCUGGGGAAUUCGUAGGACAAGGAAACACCUUGAACUCUGUUGUGUUUCUCAAUUCACCCUUGACCAAUUUUUGUAGUGUGGCAGCUUGUCUUGCUGAAACUGUAGAAACCGUCCAGACAGGGAGGCUUAUUAAUUUUAAUUUGAUUUUCAAUACGUCGUCAAUUUCUUUCACCGUUUAAAUGAAUCAAAAUUUAGACUGAUGUCUUUCAGGAUUUGUUCAAGAUGGAAACUGCUCACUAAAUAAUUCUAAAUAAAGCUUUGGUAUAAUUGGUUCUAGCUGGGUACAGAGUUUACCUAAGUAGCCGCAGGUCAUUUCACACCUCAGUACUGUUUUUAAUUCGCAACAGCCUCAGACCAAAUGACUUCUAACCCCCUUCUAUCAUCACUGAAAUAUUUUGCCCUUUCUGUUUCAAAUGGCUCUUUCUUUUAUACGUUGUGGUUAGGCUGCUUUUCUUUUAUUGACUCUGUACCACAGCAGCUGUAUAAAUUAGGGUGUGUUUCCAGUUGAUGUAUAUUAGGGUAAAUUGGGGGUGUGGCUUAUGCAUAUUAUAUGUAAAUAUGGGUUUAUUGGGUUGGCCCUUACGUCAAUGAAGAUUAAUCUGAUUCCUGAUUCAUUGUUACACCCCUGGACUGCUCUGCUAACUGAAGUGUACUUAUUUAACUGCAGAUUGUUUAAAUAUUACACUCAAAUUGACACCUGGUCAUCUCAGACACGAGUGUAAGCACAUACAGUAUAUUUGCCAAAGAUGAAAUUGAUAAAUAAGGAAUUUACAUAGGCUUAUUUUAUGAUCAGAUUUGACCAUAACACAACUUUGAUGAAUACCGGUCAUUGGAAAAAACAAAAUAAAAACAGAAAAAGUAACACAAAAUAUAAUUGCAAAAAUUCUUCUUUAGAGUUCUUUAAAAUACUUUCUACAUUUGUUACAUUAAAAAAACUAUAUGCUAUUUAUUAUA